AAGCCAAAACCAAGGAGCUUGUUUUCACAACGUGACAAUGCUGGACUCUGUGGGACUGAGCUUUGUGGUGCUGCUCUCAGCAACGGGAGCAGUGACAGUAGACAGAUGAGUUUUACUGCACUUCAAACUAACAAGAACAAAUCUAGAGAAGUGGAGUACGACUACUACAAAUACCAUCCAAUGUCAGAGAUCACCAACUGGAUGGUUCAGAUUGCUGAGAAUCACUCUGAUGUUGUGACCAUUGUAAACUAUGGACAGACUUAUGAGAAGAGGACGAUUAGCUUACUCAAGAUUGGCCUGAAUACUGACUGGAAAAAGAAAGCUGUGUGGAUGGACUGUGGUAUACAUGCACGGGAAUGGAUUUCUCCAGCCUUCUGUCAGUACUUUGUCAGGCAGAUCCUGCAAACAUACAAAACAGACCCAAAAAUUGAAGAGAUGAAGAACAUGGACUUCUAUGUUACUCCUGUGCUCAACGUGGAUGGCUACAUCUACUCCUGGAAGGACAACACAACUCGACUGAGGAGGAAGAACAGAUCACCAGGACCUUCAGACUGUGACUGUUAUGGCACCGAUCUCAACCACAACUUUGACGCCUACUGGAGCACAAUUGGAGCAUCAUUUAACUGCUGCUCAAGGACCUUCUGUGGGAGCAGCGCUUUGUCUGAGCCUGAGGCCCAGGCUGUAACCUACUUUGUAGGAACCCGCAAAGACCACUUCCUGUGUUUCUUCACCAUCCACUCCUACAGCCAGCUCCUCCUGAUUCCCUAUGGAAACCCCAAUUUCACCGCCCCCAACUACGAUGAGCUGAUCAGUAAAAAGGAUGUGCCACAUACUGCCAUAGAAACUGAGCGUAUGUCGUUGAUAAAAACCAACAGUAAAUGA